AUGUCAACCUCAGAAAAACGUACGGAGCAGCGGGUAGUAAUACAAUUAUGUGCGAUGUCUGGAAUGACUCCGACUGAUACCUGGAAGUUUUUGAAUCAGAAGGAGGGUGUUCAUAAUUGUUCUAGGACACUUGUGUUUGACUGGCACAAGAGUUUUAGGGAAGGUCAGACGGAAAUUACCGAUAGUGCACGAAGCGGAAGACCGGGUAACGAUCAGCGCUCAAUCCGAGAUGUGAUCGACGUCAUCGCCAAACAUCGGAGAAAGUCGAUUGAUGAUAUCGCAGACACCUUCGGGCUUUGGCUUUGUCAUGGAACUGUACAUAUUAUAGUGACGAAGGAUUUAAACAUGAAUAAGGUAUGCGCCCGCUGGGUACCUAGGUUACUUACAGAUGAAAACAAAGCAACCCGUGUAGACGCUUCCCGAGAAUUUUUACGGCGAUAUGAUAGAGACGGCGAACGAUUCCUAAGGCCCAUUAUCACUACGGAUGAGACGUGGACGAACUUUUACGACCCGGAGAGUAAACAAGAGUCGAUGGUUGUGCGGAGGGAUCUAACGAACGCUAUCAGGAAAAAGCGAGCUGGGUGCGACAUCGAAAAUUUAAUUUUUCAUCAAGAUAACAGGUUGUGCGGAGGGAUCUAA